AACCCUGUUUGUAACAUGGAAGGGAGGAAUCGGCGAAGAGCGAGAUGUGAUUUGUGAAUUUAUGAAUUAGGAAUGGAAGUCGAUUUUUAUUAUUUGCGAACAUAGAAGAGAAGGAGAGCUGUGUUUUGAUGAUUUUUAUUCUAUAGACACGAAAAGAAAAGCAGAAUAGAAUGUUAGGGAACGCCAUAGUGACAGUUCUCGUGCCAGAGCAACUUGAUGGAGAGAAUGGCGGUCAUCUCUAUGGGAGGUUCACCAACUCAAAAGCUCAUCCAAUUGACGAGAGAGAAUCAUACGUCAUUGUGGUAACAUCUGCGAGUUCAAACAAAAAGCCUCCCAUUGGGUGCAUUAACAAUGACAGUCGGAUCCAGACGCGAAGAUCCACCAGAAACGUGUGGGUAGAACUCAGCACACAGCCACAGAUUCAACUUCAUUCAGUCAGAGUUAGUGGUGACAAUGUGUGCCUUAGUGAAGUUAAUCUUGUAACCUACAACUGCAAGGAGAUUUGUGAAUCGGAGCUCAUCAGCCGGAAGUUCUUAUACAGGGAAGGUGAUGAUCAUGCGAACAACAUUGUGCCAUAUUUUGUGAAUAGUGUGCAAAAAGAUUGUAAAAAGACCAAUUCUUGCUGGUUGGUGAAAACUGUAUUGGCUUUAUUGUUGGUUUUGACUAAAACAAUCCUAUAUGUGACAUGGAUGCCCAAAGUGCUCUUAGAAGGUCUCCAUUAUGUUUUAGUCAAUAAAUUUGACUACUCCAGCAAUUUACUGAAACAAACUUUACUUCGUAUUAAGCAGUUUGAGACUCUGGAGCAUGAACUUAGAGAGAACAAGAGAACACUUGUAGCGGGCCGGUUAUUGGCUAUGAUCGCAAUAGACACUUUACUUGGGGUUUCAGUUGUGUUCCUGGUUAGCAGUCAUGCCUCCCUCAACGAUAUUUAUUCUAUUUUUUGUAGUUCCACAAAGCUCUUAGCAUCAAGUGUCCAGCAUCUGUUAGAGUGGCUGCGGGGAGCUCCAGCAGGCCUCAAGCUGAAUCAGCCUCUGACGCAAGCACUCUCUGCAUUCUUCUCGUAUCAUGUUCAUCUGUGGAGACUUUAUCUAGACUUGGCAGAUCCCGUGCUGAGGAGUCUGGCUUCAGUGUUCUUCUGGCUGGGAAUGGGCGGAGCAUCCGUCCAGGUGGCCAUUUUGUCCGACUUGAUGGACCUUGCCACAUUGCACCUCUACUGCUUUUAUGUCUAUGCAGCCAGGAUGCACAUGCUCCAAAUUUCUCUACUGGGGUCUCAGUGGAGAGCAUUCCGAGGGAGAAAGUGGAAUCCCCUCAAGCAGCGUGUGGACAGCUACGAGAUCGAAGGUGGCCACAUGUCGUUAAUUAGGGUGUUGACGGCAGUAAUUUUCACCCUCGUGAUAUUCCUUUUGCCCACCACCACUGUUUAUUACCUAGUUUUUGUGUCGUUAAGAAUCGGACUCAAUACAGUGCGAGGAAUUCUCUCCCUCACCAUGUGGGCUCUCAACAUCAAUCCCCUUUACCUUAUACUGCUCAACUUGAUGGACUCAAACAGAAUGAAAGGUGACAUAUACUUUGCAACUCAGCCCAUCGACAAUGCCCGUGCCAGGUACCCCAUAGCUUCUCCGCUUGCCCUUCAUCUACACACUUGGCCAACCCCACUCUGCGAGGUCCUGCUAUAUGCCCAUUCGGAUGUAUUCCCUGCUAUGCCAAGCCCAAACUGGAAAGCCUUUUUCUGUAGCGUUGUGUUCGGAAAAGAGUUGUUGUGAGAAGGAAGACAAAUAAAGAAUUGUAAAAG